ACUCGGUUUGUUUGGAUUGUGUGAUGUGUCUGUAUUUUUUUCCCCAAGUUCCCGUCUUUACGUUUCAUUUCGCACUAAACUGCGACGUCGAUCCGUAACACAGCCAAUCGAGUGUGGACUCGCCGUGCAGCUCACUUCCGCACUGUUAUUUCACCAUAAACACGUCGAUAAACACGGCUCUCGUGCUCUAAUGGCUGAUCCCCGUCUCGCGCAUGUUCAGGACUCGGGACUCGGAUUUAAGUGACAUGAUGGAAGAAAGACGGAUCCUGUGAUCGGGGUAAAAAAUAAAAAAAUAAACCAAAGGUCAGAGCAGGAGGCGGUGGACACUGCAUUAGCAGGGUGAAGAUGCCGAUCGACAGGCAGCGAAUGCGUCCAUGGCUCGAGGAGCAGAUAAACAGCGGUAAAAUUCAAGGCCUGAUCUGGGUUAAUAAGGAGGAAAAGAUAUUUCAGAUCCCGUGGAUACACGCCGCCCGGCAUGGCUGGGAUUUGGAUAAAGACGCUCCGCUCUUUAUGAACUGGGCCAUUCACACAGGAAAAUACCAUCCCGGAGUGGACAGACCUGACCCCAAGACAUGGAAGGCGAACUUCCGCUGUGCCAUGAACUCCUUGCCGGAUAUAGAGGAAGUAAAAGACAAAAGUAUGAAAAGUGGAAGCAAUGCGUUCAGGAUGUAUCGCAUACUUUCUCCAUCAGAAAGAGCAGCGAAGAAAGCCAAGAAGAAAAAGAUGGAGCGGGAAGCAAAAGCUAAAGGUCCGGUACCGAGACGGAAAUCUAAGAACAGCGAGCAGGAGAAAGAGUCGCAGCCGAAAGAAGACACGCUGCCGGACAGCACGGUUUUAUCCACAGGUGAGGAACCGGAUCAAAGCAUGGAGCUCAGUUCUCCCAGUAAGCCGACCAUAAGCUAUCUCCCGGACGUCUGCGCUGUGGUGGAGGUCACCACUGAGAAUGAGGAGUCAGCAGUCAGCUCCACCCAGAUCCCCUACGACUUCCAGAUCUCCCCCGUGUCCUGUUAUGCUGAGAGCGAUGAUGAGGAGGAGGAGGAGGAGGAGGAGGAGGAGAAGGAGGAGGAUGAACACAGUGAUGAAGAUGUGGAGCCUCAGGACUUAUCCAUCAGUUCCAGACAAUCUUGCUCCUCUGUGCUCAGGAUCGCGCCCAGCUUUCUGGACAAGCAGCACUCGUUCAUCUCGGACAAGACGAACUUUUGGGUGACGAGCUGCCGAGAGGAUUCGCCCAUGAUCAGCUACGACAUGGAGCCCUGGCGCCCGUUCCUUCCUGCUCUCACCAUCGACCUCAGCACCAGCUCCACGUCUCGCGCCAGCGUCAUCAUGAAAGCCGUGGACCUUUCGUCCAAAAAGACGUAGGAUGGAAAUUCGCUGCUGAACAGCCGCUUCAAUGCUUUGGUUUUUUUUUUUUCCACCUGCAUUCGUAGAGAGGUGCAGUGAACUGGGAUUUAUUAUAUGUUUGUUUUCCCCACCUUAUCCCUGGUGCUAUGUUCAGCGUGUAUGUGUUCUUUUAUCUGAAUGUAAGGCCAUGCAAAGUUAAAAGCCGGUCCCGUCGCUGACCCACGACAGAUGUGUUUAUUAUUCAGCAAUAAAAAGGAAAGGUGUAGCUACAGAGUUAGCUAAGGUUAGCUGGCAUUUCAGAAAGGUUUAUUAUUUUUUUUUAAGUGGGUGGCUGUGAUCCCAAACAAGUUCAUGCACCGCCUGUGAUAGAUAAAUAAUGAGUCAGGUUUAGAUUUUAGCAGACGGUCAAAAACAAAUCAUUUUUUUUCCAUCAAGUUGAAUUAAAUAGUAAUCGCAAAAAUUCAUCUGAUGAAACUGAUCACUAACACUAAAGUGUUUUUGUUUUUAAUCUGUUUAGACAGGAAAAUUAGCUGAGAAGACACUUUUUCCUUAUUUUUUUUUAUCUUUAUUUUCGAGCUGUUUAAUUUUGCAUGGCCUAAACCAAGACAUACCUCAACUAACCAGUACAUUUUUCAACAAAAAAAUGUGUGGAAUUACCUCAGAGACUGAUCACGGUUCAUUGCACUCACAGUAAAGUAUUAAUCAGAGGAUCAUGGAUAGUACAUCUGAAACAGGAUUUUAUUAAAACCAGCUUCGUUCAUAGCAGCGCGUAGGGAAGGUACGGCCCAUGGGUCCGCGCUGCUCGCGCUGUUAGGUUGUUGCACUAACGAAGAGAUGACAGGAAUUUGCUCAAAGCUGUCUGGAAAGAUUGAGAUGUAACUUGUGUGUGUGUUUAAUGACGGUGUGAGCUGAUGCUCUGAACACGCUCUGCUAAAACUAUUCUAAACACCGUAACGGCUAGCAUAGGGCAGCAAUCGACAUACACAGAGCCAAAUGAAAGUGUCCUCGUCAAUAUCACACACACACACACACACACACGUACUUUGAGAGAAAUCCUGGUAUCGAUGCGUAUCGAGUAGUAUCGAUCAGUAGUAGCAAAGCUGUGCUUGUGUUUCUCAGGCAGCGGGAACGUGAUUAACACACAAACAUGGACUCGUACAGAAAAGUUGCAUAACAUAUGCUAAUGCCCAGGGGUACAGCUUCUGUAAACUUUCACUUUAAAUGCAAAUUAAUGAUGAUAACAAUAAUAAUAAUAAAAUAAAAAAGAGAAUCUAAUAGAUUACACUACGCAUAUCUACACAGAGCAGCGUGAAAGCUCGUGUUAGGAUCACGUGAUGAUCCGCUGCCAUUGAUUACUUCGCAUUGUUUUAAAAGACCUGGCAACCUUGGUGCGGUUCAAAUCGUACGAGAAACAGCACAAAAUCACACACCGAGGCUUUUUCUCCACAAUAAAACAGAAUUUGGAAGGAAUUGCGGAGGCUAAUGAUAAACGAUCGCUCUUGUAAGCCCCGCCCACUCCUUACCAUCUCACAGACUCCUGUUAUCUGCCAAGAAUAAACGAUAAACUAAGAAUUGUUUUCAUUUAUUAUUUUUAUUCAUUAAGUUCAACAGGGUACGUUUGAUUUAGCCGUCAACACACACGUGUUUAACAUCAGUUAAAUAGAAUUAAAACAGAAGUCACUGAAACAUAAAUAUCUUUACUUCCUGCCUGUAGGGGGCGAUGUGAGAAGAAUAUCACAUCAUGAUACUUGAAUAUAUAUUUUUAUGAUACAUGAUGAAUAAAUAUAUCUACUGCCAGCAAUACAGUAGUGCUGCGUUAAAAAAGAAAGAAAAGUAGCUUUUAUAUCUACAAAAAUAAAUGAACUGGGAAAAUGUUAAUGAAAAAGAUUCAGUGCAAAGUUUUACGAUCAUCUCAGCUGAGUUCAGUUUGCUAUUUAAAAAAAUGAAAUAAUAUUAACAAAUACAUCUAAUCACUCAGAAAGUUGGAUAAAGAAAGAAGCAAGAAGUGUUUCCUCUGAGAAGAGAAACACCUCGAGGUGAGAAGAGCUGCAGUCGCGCCACGCUACGAGUAGACUUGUCAUCUGCUAGCGUGAACGUCUGUAUGGCUAAGAGUGAAACCUAGUAUGCGAGACGUGCAGAAGAUGUUCAGAGCUCUGCAUCCAUCUACCUUUCCUCACAAACGUUAGAAAUGCUGAUGACUUUAUUAGCGGUUUUUAUAGCUAAGUGCUCGGUGAAGCAGAAGUGUGAUCGCUGGAGCUCUGGAGCUCAUAUCUAAUACACAGUUUAGUGAUUUUCCUACACACACACACACAUUUGGCGUGAAUCUGUUUGUAAGCACUAAGAAACACUAAAGUGUCACAGAAAUGCUAAGUAGUCAAGUUUUCUGCGCCUCCAGUGAUUCGGUUUGUACGUUAGGGUUUAUAACUGAGGGUUCUUUGUAGAUAUUUGUACGAUUUGGGUGAACAAAAUAAAGCUGGUUUAAAAACCUAUAGAUGGUGUAGGAUGUCAGACUCAGUUCCUCAGCAAUCACAGCACUGCUCAUGGGAAUGGACGCACACACUCGCUUAUAGCUAGCUAAUCCAUCUACUAGCAUGCUUUUGGGAAACCAGAGAGAACCUGAAGAAAGCCCACAUGGACAUGUGGAGAACAUACAUGUGUGGCUCCAUACACAUAAGAACCCAAAUUCAGGAUCAAACCACAGCCCCGAGACAUCAUACCUGGAUAUCAGCCCCGCCCACUCCCUUGUUCUUGAUUGUGCUUCUAUUCAUGAGGAAGUGAUUACACCAGAGAUGGCCUGAUCCAGUGGAUCAUGCGUCAUGUUCUCCAGCACUUCCCCAGUCACAGUUUUACUUCCUGAUUGACGUGACAAACACCUCACCAUACUUGAAAAUAUUAUUUUUAAGAUAAAUGUUAUUGAUCAGGAUUUGAUCUAUAGCUUUGCUACUCAACAUUUGUGCUAAAUCAGAUGUUCAUGAUUUCCUCCACUCUCGCUGAAGAAAAACGAUCCUAAAACAUGAUGCUACCACCACCAGGCUUCAACAUGUCACAUGGUUUUGAAAGAUUGGAUGGAUUUAUUGGUUUUGGGGUUUUUUUUGGAAACUAUAGCAAGGAUUUGAUGAUGUUAACGUUAUUUCUGUCAUAAGUCUUCAUCCUAGCAUGUAACCCUGAGAUAUGAAGAACUCUGGGAAAUUGUCAGAUGUAUGGAGCAACAAGUUCUUAUCAGAAAUGGUUGCACAUUUUGAAUGUUGCUAGUGUCGACCAUUUAAGAUCAGUUUAAUGUACAUGUCUUUAAUGUUCACUGUAUGAUCUGCUUCUUGGCUCAUGAUGGUUGUGUCCUUCUUCAUGUUUUUCUCUGAUCUUCACCUUAUGUUUAUGGACUAGAGUGUCCUUUCCAGUAUAAAAGUCUUCAGUUUGGAUUAUAGAAAGCCCAGGUCAGCUUUAAUGAUACCCUGACUCAUGGUCUCCUGAUGCUUCAGUCAUCUUCUGAUGAAACUGCAGUAUGCUGAAGAUCAUCCAGAAGAAUUUCAGCACCAGCCUCACUCGCUGUCCAGAUUUCUCCUCAUCAAUUUCAGAGGAACGUCCAGUUCUUCUGUGCCAUAUGUCCUCCUCUUGUUGAGGACCGUCUUUACGGUGUUCUCUGGUUGAUCCAAAGCCGUGGAGCUCUGUGUUUCCAGGUGGACGUUGCCAAGAAGACCCUAGAGGAACAUCCAUCCAUCUUCUAUACCCACUUUAUUCCUAAUUAGGGUCAUGGGGAUCUGCUGGAACCUAUCCCAGCACACAUUGGGCGAAAGGCAGGGGUACACCCUGGACAGAUCACCAGUCCAUCACAGUCAUAGAGGAACAUCUAGGGGUUUAUCAGUUGCUUAAACUGGUGCCAACUGAACACUAAUUAAUAUUUAGCAUGAGCUGGAAUCUGGUUGAGUCUUAACACUGCCAAUGAUUAAAGGCUACAUAAGCUUAUGCAAGCUGGGGAUUAGGUUUGUUUUAUUCUAAAACCUUUCUGGUUGUUUGUUGUUGAUUUUUUAUAUGUUGUAAUUUCACAAUAAAGGUACAAAAAGUUA